UUUCACGCAUUACAGCAGAAGACCGGGUAUGGCGACGUCUUGCAGUACUUGGUCAGAACGAAUCGUUCAGCUAGUGCGGAUGAUGAAUUCGUUCCAUGCAGAAGGGUCUUCAAAAGCUCAUUGUAGCCAGUUCUGUGUAGCAGGCCAUCAGGUGGGUUAUGUUCUCCCACAGGUGCUAAAGCAACUGUGCCGCUUCCCAGAUGUCUUCAGGAUCAUUGAAAAGCCUGAUGAUAUAAGCAGAUUAGAGCUGGUUCCAGAGUUAACAACAUAUGAGCAACGCUCAGCAGCUAUGCAGUAUGUAUUGGAGAAACUAAAAGCAGAAGAUUAUUUUCCUUGCUUGAAGCAGUGGAGAAAUGAGAUGUAUGAUGUGAUGCCUCAAUUCAGUGACCCACCACUCUUUUGCAUGGAAAGAGCAGCCACUAGUUUGUUUGGAGUAAAACGUUAUGGAGUCCAUAUAAAUGGGUUUGUUCGUCAGGACAAUAAAGAGAUAGCUAUGUGGAUUGCCAGACGGUCUUAUUGCAAGCAGACAUAUGCUGGUCUUUUGGAUAACCUGGCAGCAGGAGGACUUGCUUCGGGAAUGGGAAUUAGAGAGACCCUCAUCAAGGAAUGUCAGGAGGAGUCAUGUAUUCCAGAGUCUCUUGCAGCUCGUGCUGUGCCAGUCAGCACAAUCAGCUAUACCUAUGAAGAUGAGCGUGGCAUCUUCCCAGAGUGCCAGUUUGUUUAUGAUCUUGAGGUUCCAAUUGAUUUUGUCCCCAGGGUAGGGGAUGGAGAGGUUCAUGAGUUCUACCUGUGGCCACUGGAUAAGGUGAAAGAAGCUAUUGCUUCUCCUGACUUUAAACCAAAUUGUUCACUUGUGGUCCUGGAUUUUCUGAUCAGACAUGGCUACCUGGAUGCUGAUACUGAGAAACAUUAUCAAACCUUCGUGGAAGGGAUACAUAAAACAUUAUGAUGGAGAUGAGAGGAAAAACUGGAGCCAAGUUGGACUAUUUUCUGCAUGUGGUUAUGAGCGAUUUUCUAUAUCAGCACUCGCUGUAUAAUGACUGCUAACUAAAGCUGUCUUAUGGGCUACUGAAUCUUUUUUUUUUUCUCCCUAAAAUUUAAGGGAUUCACUUAACAGAAUGUGUUAGCCUGCAACACUAAUAUUUAAAUCAGUGAAUGUUAUGUUUGAGACGAUUUUUUGUACAUUCAGCAAAAUAAAACGAUAAACUCUGAGUUUUAACAAACAUUUUGAGGAAUGCAGGGUCGAUUAGUAAACAACAUUCAAGCCAUAUGUCACAUCCCAUUUUCCUGCAGGCAUAUAAAUGAAGCUGAUAUAUUCACCUGAAUAGUCUGCAAGUGCAUUUUUUCACUCAUUUUGAAACCAUUUGCCUUU